GCCAGUUCACUAGUAGAACACUCUGGCCAAGAUGCACUCUGGCGACUCCUUCCAACGCUUCAAGAAACCCUGCAUACUCAUCCUGACGUUGUUGAGUCGUUGAAAUCUUUGGUACCUCUCAGGAGUGGAGGUGCACUACCUCUGCUAGACAGCUCUCAACACACUCAACACACCAUGGACAUACAGGUGCAGCAACAGUUGGUGGGUUGGCUGCUGGGAGGUCGUGGAAAGACGGUACAACAAAUCCAGGAUGAGACUGGAGCGAAGAUCACGAUC